CAAAGAUUCGACAAAGGUAGAAGCUGAAACGGAGAAAUGAAAGAUCCCAAGUACGCCCAUCCUUACCCUGCUCAAGGGUAUUACCAAGGGCCGCCGGUGAUGCCACCGCCGCAGUACGCCGCUCCACCGCCGGGGAGCCAGCCUGGCUUCCUUGACACGUGUCUGGCCGCUCUUUGCUGCUGCUGUCUCCUCGACGCCUGCUGCGACCCACUCUUCUGCUUCCUCAUUUAAUCCGUUUCACAAAUUUAAAUUAAGUUCCCUCCCAAACCCAGUCCCCGCCAUGUGUAAUUUGAUUUUGCUACGUAGUCCUAUCCUCUGUAAUUUGGCGAGGACGCUAUGAGUGUUCUUCACUUUCUCAUAAUAUUCUAGAGUUAUGUUUCUUUGCCUAGGGGGUUUCUAGUGUGCCAAUAAACCAUGUAUAUGAUGGAGCCAAUUCGUUAUGUUUGAACAAUAUGACCUGUUAUCUUUUGUUAUGGCUCUUGAGUAUCCCCUAAUUCUAUCUAUAAACUUGAGUAUCAGCUAUUCAACUUUCAACAAGAA